ACAUGUGUGUCUGUUUGUAUUUGUGAUUUCAGGGGUGCUCCUGCAAGCUUCAGAGCCCUCCUGUGCGAGGCAGCACUGUCCAAGCUACUGCAGAACGACCUUUCACCUUUCCACUGCCCCCAGGAAGCUGAGUCCAACCAGAAAGAGGAAGAGGAAGUAGUUUUACUUCAAUCUGAAGCAGUCCAACGUCUCUUCCUCAACAAGUUGAUAGAUGUGGCGCUGGCAUGGCAUCAAAACUUCCCCACGCUUCUACCCAUUCCUUCUCGGUUCCUCCACUGCUCCAUACAUGCCAUCAAGAACACGAGAAGGAAGAUGGAGGACAAACAUGUGGCCCUGGCUGAGUUCAACCAGCUCUUUGGAAUCCAGGAUGGAGUGGAGCGUGCGUACUAUGCUGUGUUUGACGGCCAUGGAGGGGUGGACGCAGCCACCUACGCUGCCACUCACCUCCAUGUUUCUCUCAGUAAACAGGAGACACUGCAGAGUGACACAGCCACUGCCUUUAAAAGUGCCUUCAAACAUACAGACGACAUGUUCAAGAGCAAGGCCAAAAGAGAGCGUUUGCGGAGUGGCACUACAGGCGUGAUUGUGCUGAUCCAGGGUCAUGAGCUGACUGUGGCCUGGCUGGGAGACUCUCAAGCGAUAUUGGUCAGAAAUGGACAAUCUGUAACACUCAUGGAUCCCCAUAAACCAGACAGAGAAGAUGAGAAACAGAGAAUUGAGGAUCUUGGUGGCUGUGUCACCUUCAUGGGUUGCUGGCGUGUUAAUGGAACAUAUGCUGUGUCCAGAGCUAUAGGUGACUUUGACCAGAAGCCCUAUGUGUCUGGAGAUGCUGACUGCUCCGUAACCCAGCUGUUAGGUGAUGAGGACUAUGUGCUUCUGGCAUGUGAUGGCUUCUUUGAUGCAGUCAAACCUUCAGAGGUCCCACAUUUAGUCCUGGAUGCACUCCAACAGCCUAGUGACCCAGAGAGCAGGGUAGAUGCUCCACUGGAACAGUCUGGACACACUGUUGGACCGAGAGUCGCUCAACAGUUGGUAGGUUACGCUAAGGCAGCCGGUUCUAGUGAUAACAUCACAAUUAUUCUGGUGUUCCUGCGUCCACCAGAGCAGCUGCUGGCUCAAGUUUCCACCACGGGAACUAUAUAAAUUACUCAGGACUCAACUUCCCAAGAUUCACCUUAGGAGUGAGAGAGGAGGUCUGCUGCCCAGACAUCACUGUGCCAUGCUACUGCCUGACUCAGCAUUUUUCGUCCCAGGUGCUGUUACUAGAGCUAACCAAACACAUGAACGCAGCAACAUGUACUCACACAGGGAAAGUAUUGACUUAACUGUAUUUAGACCAGAUCAUUUGAAAAGGUCUGCUUGAUGAAGGGCCAAAUACUAAAUAAAUCAAUAACUAGGGUAAUGUGAGCUCCAUGAGUUAGCUCCACAGUUACAUACAUGAUACUGAAGCUGAUGAAGCUCACAUAAACAAACGCAGUGCUAUUUCAGGUAAUGUUGGUAGGAGUUACUGGAGUGUUAACACCCCCAGAGUCAAAAAAUAUCAGGUCAGAGCUUUUUUUUUUUUUUUUUUUUGGCAUAACCAAUAUCACUGCAAAAUAAUGUAAUCAUUUCAUAACUGCUAACACUUGGUGGCUCUGUAUAGCAAGCCUGCAAGCUAGACAUGUUAACGUUCGCUAACGUUGGAGCAGAUAACCAUACAUUUUAAUCCCAACCUUACACUUGUGUUUUCACAGCUCUGACUGGGCAAAUUAUGUUUUGGGGGGAGACGUUUGGCAUAAGGUCAAUUCAAACCACAUAACAGAUCAGUGGUAUUUCCAUUUCACAUAUAGCUUGAUAGGUUUAUAAUAUACUGCCUUUCUUUGCUCCUUUUUUCUGUGCCAGAGAAAAGCUUGUUUCCUCCUGACCUCUGUAUUAUAACAAAGCUGUUACCUUUUUUUAUAUUCUGUUCUUUCUUUAGUUUUCAUCCAUAUGUUCUCAAUGCAUCAGGAUUAAAUGCAAUUUUUGGAUUGCACCAUGUGUCUUGAAGCUCAUACAUGGUCACCAGUCCUACCGUGGGAUUGAAUUUAUAUUGAUAUUAAUAUGCUUCAUUUAAAUAAUUUCUUCAAAACAACUGCUACUGUGCCUUUACCCAGUCAUGAUUCAAUGAGAUCCUUCAGAGUUUCUUACUUGGUGCUGUGAAGUCAAUAGAUGUGGUGUUCCAUGAGAGAAAUUGAGUUCUUAUAGAAGCUCUUGUCAACUUGAGUAUAAAAAUGCCUAUGGUAAAUGGACUGUACUUAUAUAACACCUUUCUAGUGUUCCAACCACUUAAAAGCACUUUACAGUACGUAUCUCAUUUACCCAUUCACACACAUUCAUACACUGAUGGCAUUGGCUGCCAUGCAAGGUGCCAACUGCUCAUCAGUUUGAGGAGUUAACCAUUCAUACACAUUGUGUCUUUCAUUCAUAUCAGCUGUACUCAUUUUGGGAUGUAAUAAAACAUCAAUAUUCUGUUUCGCUGACAAGACACUAUAGUGUUAUUUUAUGAAUAUCAGCAAUUAUGGUUACUGACCUUUACACUGUAAACAUAUGUCUUACCAUAACAGGAUUAUAGACUGGAGAUUUAGGUUCUUUAAUAAAGUCAUUUUUAACAUGUA